GUUCUGCAGUUCUCGUCGGGAUGAUGAAGGAUAGCAGCCAGCUAGGGAAAUGGUUCUUAUUGCUUUCAAAUGAAUGAUUCCCAGAUUUCUUGCAUAAACCAUUGGGCUGGGAUGGUUUGUUCGGUGGCUGACUGUCAGAUAUCUACUUGAUGGAUUCCAUUGAACAUUAUUAUUAGAAUGCAACCAACUGCCUCAAUCACUGAAGACUGUUUGACAAAGUAUCACAUUGCUUGACAGAACAGGUGCUUCUUGUCAAGGAGGCCUCCAAACUGUCCUCGAUUUACUGAACUGGAAAGCAAAAUGAAGACAUCCCAGACCAUAAAUCAUGACUCUGGUUUACCUGUCAAUUUUUGACGGACGUAUAAAAUAAUCACUUGAUGUUUCGGUGUGUGUCUGCAGGAUACUGACUCUUUCUCUCUCUCACACACACAAACACACUAAAGGACAACUUCUUGUAUCAAUCCAGAGUUCCCAAAGAGGACCGACAAAAUGUUUUCGGCUCUUAAGAAGCUGGUGGGCACCGAGCCUGGCCAGCUAGGAAACAAAAGCAUUCCAGCUGGUUUGCAGUCAAUGAACCAGAGCCUACAGAGAAGGUUUGCCAAGGGAGUACAGUAUAACAUGAAGAUCAUCAUCCGUGGAGAUCGGAACACGGGAAAGAGUGCCCUAUGGCACCGACUACAGGGGAAGAAGUUUCUGGAAGAGUACAUCCCCACACAAGAAAUCCAGGUCUCCAGCAUCCACUGGAACUAUAAAACGACAGACGACGUUGUCAAGGUGGAAGUUUGGGACGUGGUGGACAAAGCAGGGAAAGGCAAGAAGCGAGGAGAAAUGCUGAAAACGGAGAAUGAACCCCUGGAGAAUGAGACUGAGAUGGCUCUGGAUGCAGAGUUCCUGGACGUGUACAAGAACUGCAAUGGAGUCAUCAUGAUGUUCGACAUCACCAAACAAUGGACAUUUGACUACAUCGUGCGGGAGCUGCCCAAAGUGCCUACCCACGUGCCUGUCUGUGUGUUGGGCAACCAGAGGGACAUGGGCGAACACCGGGUCAUCCUGCCCGACGACACCCGAGAGUUCCUCUGUCACCUCAACAGGCCUCCAGGUUCUUCUUACAUCCACUACGCUGAAUCUUCCAUGAAGAAUGGCUUUGGCCUCAAGUACCUGCAUCGCUUCUUCAAUAUCCCCUUCUUACAGCUGCAGAGGGAGACCCUGCUGAGACAACUGGAGACCAACCAGCUGGACAUAGACACUACACUGGAGGAGCUCAAUGUUCAGCAGGAGACUGAAGACCAGAACUAUGGCAUUUUCCUGGAGAUGAUGGAAGCCAGAAACAAAGCUGGCUUCAGCUCCCCGGGGGGCCCUUCCAAUGGCCAGAGCCCCUCCUCAGGCUCCCAGUCCCCCAUCGUGCCGCAGAGCGGGCCCUCUACUCCUGGGGCCUGUCCCAGCCCCUGCACACCCCAGCAACCCCCUCUCCCACCCCAGCCCCUAACUAUCUCCAACCCUGUCCCCAGGUCAGUUCAGGGUCCCCCCUCCUACACCAACCCUAACCUUAACCCCUGUCCCCCUCUCCAGAACACUGCACUCCCUAGGGGUCCAGGUUACCCACAGCAGCCCCCGGCCCCCAGCCGCUGCCCCCAACCCCUCAGGGGCUCCACCAUGGGGGAACCACACCUGUCCCGACCCCCCAGUCACCCAGUGUCACCCAGGCCCCCUGCCCAGAAGAGAGGCUUCAUGUCGCGCCUCUUUGGAUCAGCCACCUCUGAGACUCCCGUCGAUGGCACAGACGAGAAGGUGCGGAAUGUGGAUGACUUUGUUCCCGAUGUGGGCACGGCCCGUGGCUUCCCGGAGGAGGGGCCUGCUGCCAAAGCCAAGGAGAAAGCUGGAAGAGCAGGCAACAUGGACAGUGACAGUGACGGUGAGGGCCGAGGGGGGAACCCCAUGGUGUCAGGGUUCCAGGACGAUUUUGCCCCAGAUGAGCUGUGCCAGUCUGUGCCCAAAUCUGUGCCCAAGGCAGCCACCGUCCCCAGCAUGGGCAUCACCCUGACCAGCGAUGAAGAAGAUGAGGGGACGAGGGCACCUAACGUCGUCCAGGAUGGUGGAUCGGACAGAAGGAGAUCCUCCAACGCUUUGAAGACUCAAAACAAGACCGGAGAAGCCAAGAAACCAGCGGGCUUAAAGAUGUCGUCCGAGCCCGUCUCAUUCCUGAACCCGACCCUAGCCCCGGUGCAGUCCAUGCGGGUAGGCAAGAAGAAGGGAGGGGAUGAAUCCUCCCACUCAGACCAAGAAUCUCCAGGGGACGAUCAGAUGCUCUCCUUCGUCAUGGACGAACCAGACUAUGAGGACGAGGAGUUUGAGAAGCCCAAGAAAAAGAAGCCUUCGGCUAUACUGGAGGACCUGAAGCUGGUCCAGCCCUCUGUCCUCCCCAUCAAGAGCGACGACCUGGACCUGUUUGGACUGGGAUUCCAGGAUGUGGCGCCCAAGAGCAAGGAAAGCAGUGAGGACCAAGAUGACCGAGAAAGUAGAUCCUCAACAAAGGACAAGAAGAAGAAGAAGAAGAAAAGCAAAGAGGAGGACGACAAAAGCAGCAAGAAACGACACAAACAGAAGAAAAAGGAGGAGUCAGGGAGCGCGGACGAGAAAGAGAAGAAAAAGAAGAAGCCAAAGUCGACCAAGAAAGCCGGAGGCGUGGUUGACGACCUGGAGUCUUUCCUCGCCGGAGACGUAGACUACGAGGAGAUGUAGAAUAUCCCCCCUAGCAUCCAAUCAGGACUACGUUCUACUUCAGCGUUCUAGGGUCAGGAUGUAGCCAUGAAGACGAGAGAAUGCGUCGACUGACUGGCUGAGUGAUCGAAGACUGCAAUUCUCAUUGGGUGAUAGUUAUUUCCCACUUCCUGACGUUGUGGUGCCUCUACAUUGGUUAGAUUUUGAUAAUUUGUGAUUGACAUUGACGUUGUUUGUUUUGCUUACCCUUUUACUGUACAUGCAACACUACCGUCAUACAACAACACUACAGCAAAACUGUAGCUGGUAUAUCCAGGUUUUGAGUUGACGCUCAGAGGACAAAACCACCAUUACUUUGAUGUUUCCACGGUUGAAUACACUUGGGUAAACUCACUGCAAUGUCUUUGCUAUUUCAUUAGUCUUUUUCCAUUGGGCUGCUUUCUGGGAAAGGCUUUAGAACUGACCCUAGUACGGAGUUGUGACUUUCUAUAUGGGAGCGCUCUCCUUUACGCUGACCAGUGUUCAGGAGUCGGGGGACGUGUGUGCAUUCAUUAUGAAUUAUGUUGAACAUUGCUUCAGCAGCGAUAUAAAUGUUAUUUAUGUUUAUCUGGUGUUGGCUUUUCGAACUACGACUAUGUCUAGGUACAGUAGGAGUUUGUGAGUGUUUACUGAACAAGACAUUUUGGGAGUUUCUCUGAACUGAUUCAGCAAAUUUCACUGUGCAUGAUCAUUUUGUUUUGGUUUGAUGUCAAUGCCUUAAGGAAAGCUUUACUUUGGAAAGGGUUACUUUAACACUGGAAAAGGUUACUUUAACACGGGAAAGGGUUACUUUAACACGGGAAAGGGUUACUUUAACACUGGAAAGGGUUACUUUAACACGGGAAAGGGUUACUUUAACACGGGAAAGGGUUACUUUAACACUGGAAAGGGUUACUUUAACACUGGAAAGGGUUACUUUAACACUGGAAAGGGUUACUUUAACACUGGAAAGGGUUACUUUAACACUGGAAAGGGUUACUUUAACACGGGAAAGG